UGGAGUCGAUAUCCCUAAUUUUAUUCCAAUUAGCAAUCAAUAUGUGGCUGCUAUCUUUAUAUGAAUGGAAUGGCAGAAUUGGAUUUUAGAGUGUACUAUGUAUUAGCUAAAUCAUUUGUGUCAGUGCUAGCACAGUGUUUUAUAAGUAACAAUGGAAGAGUUACAUUCGUGUAGCUGUUGCCUGGUGCGACCGCCGGAGAGGGGGCUCAGAACACUGUAUAAACAUCUCGGCAAAACAGAAGUGUACCACGAGAUGCUGAAAGACUGCUUCGAUAUAAACCUAGGCAUAGGAAAUGAAGAGUGCGGGAUCUGCGAGGUGUGUGUGGGACGGCUGCGGGAUGCAAAUGACUUCAAGAUGCAAGUGAAGCGCAGCCAGGCUGAGUUGCAGUCCAGGUUCAAGGGUGUCAUCACUGCCAGUGAUAAACUCAAAAUCAAGUUGGAGAAAGCUGCUGGUGAAGAAAACAUUAUUGGUGACAUCAAGCUGGAGAAAUCUGAGGUGGAGAUGGCUGAUGGCGAGGUUGUGUCAGGUAUUAACAGUGCUGGAUUAAAAGUGUCGUCAAGGAAAAGACCACUAAGAAAACGGGGUAGAGGUAAACCUGUUACCAGAUGGGAAGACGAAAUAAAAAAUGUCGCCGGUCAAAACUGGAUGCAAAUAGCCCAGGAGAGAGACGAGUGGAAAACUCUGGAGGCCUUCACCUGCGAGGACGAGGUUCUUGGAAGAUAA